AUGAAGAUCUUUGCUCUCUUAUUGAUCUUAGUUAUAGUUUCUGGUACAAAUCAUCAAUAAAGACUUAAUUACACUAAAUAGAGAUCGAUCACUUCUGUAAUGGCUGAAGUGGAAAUGAAGAUAAAAUCUCAUUCUCCAUUAGAUGCUGUUUUAAAUAUACUUACAUUAUUUAGAGAUUCUGUCAAUGAAGAAUAAGUCAAACACGAUUAAAUCUUUAAUGUGGAAUUAAAUGAAUGUUAAAGUGAAUAUGAUUUUAGAAAUGCUGAAAUUCAAAACUCAAAAAAUACUUUUAGAGACUCUAAUGCUCAAUUAAAGGCUUGUCAAUAUUCAAAAUAGAGAACAAUUAAUUAACAGUAGAUUAAUUAGUAACAAGAAAAUACUUUUUAGUAACAUUUAAAUACUAUAUUGUAAACAGCAGAAUAAGGGUAUUUUAAAAAGAGAAGCCGUUAAUAUGAGGAUUCAUUAAAUUCCAUAGAAGAAGCUUUGACAAUAUUAGAAGGAAUAUCAUUUGGAUAUAGAAGUUUUUCAGAAUUAAGUAAGGUAAGUCAACGCAUGUUGUAAACAUCUUUUGAUAUUAAUAAAACUUCAAUAUAUGCUCCAAUUUUUAAUGCAUUUAUAUAAUUAGCAAAUUAAGGAGAGUCAAUUGAUUUGAGUUUACUUUAAUAAGUUGAGCAUUUACUUAAUGAUUUGAAAUCCACAAUUAAUAAUGCAUAUAAUUAAUUUAUAGAAUCAAAUAGUUAAAGUGUUGCUUUAUUUAAUUUAUAAAAAGAGAAAGUAAACAAAGUUUUAUAAAGAUUACAAUAAUAAUAUGAAAAAUAAUAAAUUAAAUUAGAUAAAUUAUAAACUUGUAUUGGAGUUCAAUAAGCUGUAUCAAAUACUGCUUAAUCAAAACAAUAAAGAAAUCAAUAAUUAUUAGAAUAAGCUCAAGCUUUAUGUUCAACUUUUUAAACUGAAUAUAAUUAUGGUACUCAAUCAAGAAGAAAUGAAAUUUAAUUGGUGAAUCAACUUGAAUAGAUGGUUAGAUAGAGAUUUGAAGAAGUACAUGAAGAGAAGAUUGUAUUAAAAUUUGCCAAAUUGAAAUAUUGA